GCAACAUUAACAUAACAUAAACUUUCUUUUUGACCAACUACAUUAACAUAAACAUUAAUAUUAAUAAUACUAAGCUGCUAGAUUAGGUUGAAACAAAAUAAAAAACAGAACCUCCCAAUGAGAAUGAGAAUGUCUUUGUUGCUCUGUUUCUGAUUGUAGUAUGAAUUUUUUAGUUCAUAAACCCAACAUUUUAGAAAGUAGAAAAACUCUUUUCUUCUUAUAUCUUCCAAUUCAAUAAACCAGAUUUGUUUUGUUGUGUUGUGUGUGUCCAAUUUCAUCAAUCAAAUUUCAGAAACUCAUAGCAAGAGUGAGACAAUAGAAAGAAACAAAACAAAAAAAAAAUGGGAAAAGAGAAUACAACAGUUCACAAAAGAACCAGUAGUGCAGGUUUACCAACAACAAACACCAACAGCAAAAACCGCCGCGGUCGACAGAUCCACAAAACAUUCAACAACAUUAAAAUCACAAUCCUCUGUGGUUUCGUAACAAUCCUCGUCCUACGUGGCACUAUCGGCGUUAACCUCAGUUCCUCCGAUUCCGACGCCGUCAACCAAAACAUCAUAGAAGAAACAAACCGUAUCCUCGCUGAGAUCCGAUCCGACGCUGACCCAUCUGAUCCUAAUGAUAAAGAUGAAACCUUUUUCAAUCCAAACGCUACUUUCACACUUGGUCCCAAGAUUUCUGAUUGGGAUUCUCAGCGUAAGACAUGGCUUGUUCAAAACCCUGAAUACCCUAAUUUUGUUAGAGGUAAAGCUCGAAUCUUGUUACUAACUGGGUCUCCUCCUAAGCCUUGUGAUAACCCAAUUGGGGAUCAUUACUUGUUGAAGUCUAUUAAGAAUAAGAUUGAUUAUUGUAGAUUACAUGGGAUUGAAAUUGUUUAUAAUAUGGCUCAUCUUGAUAUUGAACUUGCUGGUUAUUGGGCUAAAUUGCCUAUGAUUAGGAGGUUGAUGUUGUCACAUCCUGAAGUUGAAUGGAUUUGGUGGAUGGAUAGUGAUGCAUUGUUUACUGAUAUGGUUUUUGAGCUUCCUUUGUCUAAGUAUGAUGAUUAUAAUUUGGUUAUUCAUGGUUAUCCUGAUUUGUUGUUUGAGCAGAAGUCAUGGAUUGCUAUCAAUACUGGUAGUUUUCUUUUUAGGAAUUGUCAGUGGUCUUUGGAUUUGCUUGAUGAGUGGGCUCCGAUGGGUCCUAAAGGUCCUGUUCGAGAAGAGGCUGGGAAGGUCUUGACUGCUAAUCUUAAAGGGAGACCGGCUUUUGAGGCUGAUGAUCAGUCUGCUUUGAUAUAUUUGUUACUGUCUAAGAAGGAAAAGUGGAUGGAUAAGGUUUUUCUUGAGAAUUCUUACUAUUUGCAUGGUUAUUGGGCUGGGUUGGUUGAUCGGUAUGAGGAGAUGAUUGAGAAGUAUCAUCCGGGAUUAGGGGAUGAGAGGUGGCCGUUUGUGACUCAUUUUGUGGGUUGUAAGCCGUGUGGAAGUUAUGGAGAUUAUCCUGUUGAGAGGUGUCUCAGUAGUAUGGAGAGGGCUUUCAAUUUUGCUGAUAAUCAAGUGCUUAAACUCUACGGUUUCAGGCAUCGCGGUCUGUUGAGUCCUAAGAUUAAGAGAAUUAGAAAUGAGACAGUUACUCCUUUGGAGUUUGUCGACCAGUUUGAUAUUCGAAGGCAUUCUACAGAAAGUAGUGAAUCAAAAAGCUAGUGAGAAUAACUAGUUUAAUUGCUUAUUUAUUGCAGAUAGUAAUUGAUUAGAAGUGGAAUUUGAUUUUGUGACAGUUCAUAUGUAACUUCUGCUUGUUCUGUUGUCUUGGUACUUCUUUGAAAUGUUAGGAUAGAAUUCUUUCAUAAGUUAUCUUUUUCCCUGCUGUGUUUGAGCUAUCAGCAAACAAAUUUUAUUUGCUGAUCUGCUGUUUACUGAGCUUCCAUUGUAUUUUCUCUUUUGGGGCAUGAAUUCAACUUAAUAUACAUA